CGCCUGCGCCACGUCCACCCUCUGACAUUCAAUGACAGUUUUGCACUUUUCGUAACGUUUCUCUGAUAACACGUGCGCUUAAAGCAUAUCGUGUCCGCCAUGCAGAGAGCCGCGCACACAACCUUACACGACUGGUCUCGUGUGGUCGGCCCAGCGCUGAUUCGUCAGUGUUCAAAAUGCAGAGCGCCCCUGCUGCUGAGCGCGCGUGCCUACAGCGUGAUCCCGCCCCCGCGAGACGCCGAGGAGAGGGAGAUGCUGCACCGAGUCCUGCGCGUGGACCAUGCGGGUGAAUACGGUGCCAACCGCAUCUACGCCGGCCAGAUGGCGGUGUUGGGUCGAUCCAGGACCGGACCUCUCAUCCAGGAAAUGUGGGAUCAAGAAAAGAAACACCUUGCGAAGUUCAAUGAAAUUAUGGCUGAGAACAGAGUUCGACCCACAGCACUGUUACCCCUCUGGAAUGUCGCCGGGUUUGUGUUAGGGGCCUCCACUGCACUGCUGGGAAAAGAGGGGGCCAUGGCGUGCACUGUGGCGGUGGAGGAGAGCAUCUCCGAGCACUACAACAGCCAGAUAAGAGCUUUGAUGGAAGAGGACCCAGAGAGAUACACUGAACUUUUAAAAGUCAUAAAGGAGUUCAGAGACGACGAGUUGGAGCAUCAUGAUACAGGACUAGAGCAUGAUGCUGAAUCGCUACCUGGAUUCUGGCUACUUAAAAAUGCAAUACAGCUCAGCUGCAAAGCUGCAAUAUAUGUUUCACAACGGGUCUAAUUGUUUUCAAAGGCUUGUUUUGAUAUCUUCACUCAGUUUUUUGUACAUGGGUUCAUUUUGCCAUUGUACUUUUGCCAGAUCAAAUGUAUUGAAUACAAACCUCCAUAGUUAAACACAUAAAUCUAAAUGUUAUUGCUUUGUACAGAAUAUUAUUCAUGGGCUGUUUGACUUCAUGAGAUGACCCUUCUUGAAUUAAAUGGCAGAUCUCAACGCUGUUUGAGAGUGUAACUGUUUUAUUAAUAAAAUGAUUAGAAAAUUGGUUCAA